UCGGAUCGAAAGGAAUGUGUCCCGAUUUUCCAGCGAUAGUUUCUCCUGGACCGCCUACAUUCAGCUUCUCGAAGCGAUCUCCAUCAUUGUGGGAAGAAAUUGAUUUCGCGAUUGGAUAGGGUUCUUGUUGACGAUAGGACACAUUUCUAGUACGACUGAUUCGCAGUACACUGAACAAAGGCAACGACAUGCCUGCGGGUCAUCCACACCUCAUUAUCGCAAAUGCGUGGCGACUAAGCACGAUACCGCUGAGGAGCGGCCCCUUUGCUUCGGUGUUCCAUGUCGCCAUCGCCAUCAGCAGCAGCGCAGCACGGCGAGGAGUAUGCGUAAAUUCCCGGCGGUGGCAACAGUGCUAAUGCUAGUAGCACUUAAGAUCCCCGUAAGCCACGAACAAAAACGAUGACGGCUUCUUCAAGGACGACCAUGGCACUUAAUCAAGUUGAGGGAAAGGCAGGAGUAGGCUUGGUCCCUGUGGUUCGGCACGAGUUUUGUGCGCACGAUGGCAUGGAGUUGAUACUCUCCAAGGUCGAGGCAUGGAGUUGGGGCAAUUACACUGUCACCGAUGGAGUCGGGAAUUUCCUCAUCACGGUGGAAGGGAGGCUGAGCCUGCGAUGGACUCGGACUCUGCUGGAUUCGAGCGGGACACGGAUCCUCAAGAUCCACAAGAAGUUCAUGAACCCAAGCAUCUUCGAUGCCUUCAUUGACGGUGAAGACGGCGCGAGGAGAGUGUUCACAGUGCAAUCUUCGUUAGAAGCGCCGGCUUCACGCUUUUCUCUCAAGGUGUUCUUGCCAGUGAAAGGCUCCGAGCCGGACCUCUCCAUGGAUCCCGACUUUAAGCUCGAGGGGGCCUACUUCCAAAAUGAUUACGGUAUCGAUUGCGGAGAAAGGUCGAUUGCACAGGCCUCACGAAAGCCAGACGCGUCCAGCUUUGUUCUGGGAUGCGGUGCUUACACCGUUACGGUUUUUCCUGGGGUCGACCACGUCUUUGUAGUCGCCCUCGUACUGAUAAUGGACGAGCUACACUUGGAGGCCAGCGUGGGUCACGACUCGACUUGCUUGAUGAUUUUCCAGCUCCAGGCUAAGGCUAUGGGUUUCGAUCAAGAUUCUGGCAAGGCUGUUGCGGCUUUGCCUGUUGUUGGAGCACAAUUUUGCGACUUCCAGGCUGUGAAUCUCACUCUCUCCAGCGCGGGAGUCUUCAGCUGUGGGAAGUAUACCGUCCGGGAUGAAAAACAAAACGACGUUUUUGCAGUGGAUGGGAACUGUGGAUGCGGCCGCCAGCGGAGAGUUAUGGAUUCCAGUGGAAAGGUUCUUCUUGUGCUCCAGAAAGAGGCAUUUAGUUUCCAGAACAAGUGGAAGGCCUAUCUCGACGAAGACAAGCUUCUCUUCACAGCGAAGAAGCCUUGCUUCCGGCUAAAGUUCUGCGUGGAUGUGUACCUCGGGGAGAACACCACGCCCGAUUUCAAGCUCACUGGAUGCUGCUUCAAGGGGAAGUACAGCUUACGCAGGACUGAUACUGGAGAGCUUAUUGCAAAGGCAAGGUACAAGUGGAAACUGGCAAGCAUUGCGAGAUGCCACAGCUACAGCAUAGAGAUUGAGCCUGGAGUGGACUCGUUGUUUGUGGUUUCGAUGUUUCUAGUCAUGAACGAGAUCUACCUCGACAAACCAGCUGCUGGUGGUGGUGGAGGUUAAAAUUGCGGUUCAUUGCUUGUUUCUAGUAUACUAUUUGUGAGUGUUUUCAAGGAUUAUGUUAUUACUGUGUUGGAAUAUGUAAGUUGCCUCUUUGCUGUU